AUGUCAAAAUCGCUAGACUGGGAUUCUUUAAACUAUGAGCUGCUUCCCUGGAUUAAAAACGCCAUCGAAGUAAUGGGAUACGAUCAAAUGACCCCGGUCCAAGCUUCUACCAUACCGAUGUUUGUGGGUAAUAAGGAUGUUGUAGUAGAUUCAGUGACAGGUUCGGGUAAAACAGUGGCUUUUGUUAUCCCAAUUCUCGAAAAGAUCGUCAAAGAAGCCACUCAUUUAAAGAAGGGCCAUUUCCAUUCUUUAAUCAUUUCACCAACAAGAGAAUUAUCGAGACAGAUCCAGACGGUUAUUAAUUCAUUCCUACAACAUUAUCCUGACAGUGAGACUAAACCGAUCAAAUCACAGCUGCUGGUUGGUACAGACACAAAGACCAUCAGAGAUGAUGUUGCGUCAUUUCUCGAGGAAAGACCUUCCAUUCUUGUGGGCACCCCAGGAAGAGUCUUAGAUUUUUUACAAAUAGCAUCAGUAAAGGCACAGUUAUGUAGUAUGGUCGUAUUGGAUGAGGCUGAUAGGUUAUUAGAUAUCAGUUUUUCGAAAGAUAUUGAGAAAAUAUUGAGUUUCUUACCAAAACAAAGAAGAACUGGCCUGUUUUCGGCUACUAUCACGAGUGCGGGCAGUAACAUCUUUAAAACAGGUCUUAGAAAUCCUGUUAAAAUUAAGGUCAACUCCAAAAAUAAUUCUCCAACAUCCUUAUCAUUAAACUACUGUGUAGUUGACACUCAUGAUAAAUUGAUUCAUUUACUCAAUCUUUUGAAUAAUUACAGAUUCAAAAAAUGCAUUGUAUAUUUUCCAACUUGCAUUUCAGUCACAUUUUUCUAUGGAUUUAUUCAAUAUUUGCAAAAGCAAAAUAACUCUGUCCUGACUAUAGAUGAAUCUUUACAAUUCUAUUCCCUACAUGGGAAAUUACAGACAAGUUCAAGAAUCAAAACAUUAGAAGCAUUCACAGAAGAUUUAAAUAAUUCUGUUCUCUUCACAACAGACGUUGCAGCAAGAGGUAUCGAUAUUCCAGAUGUCGAUCUCGUUAUUCAAUUGGAUCCACCAACAGACUCCGAUAUUUUCAUGCAUAGAUGCGGUAGAACUGGUAGAGCUAAUAAAAUUGGUAAGGCAAUUACAUUCAUAAACAGUGGUAGAGAAGAAGAUUUUAUUCCGUUCAUGGAAGUUAAAAACGUCACUUUGGAACCUAUGAACGAGGUUUUGAAGGAAAUUAGUGAGGAGACAUCUAAUAAUUUUUAUGACCUCUUCAAAAAAUGGAUUUUACAAGAUAGAGCUAGAUUUGACCUCUCAAUAAAAUCCUAUGUUGCAUUUAUUAGGCAUUAUUCGAAUCAUACAGCAUCUUCAAUAUUCAGAUUGCAAAAUUUUAGCUACACAGGUCUUGCUAAAAUGUAUGGUUUGAUCAGAAUACCGCGUAUGCCAGAAGUUACAAAAUAUUUACAAAAAUCUGACGUUCUAGAGGUUUAUGAUGAUGGAUGGCUCGUUACUCCACCAAUUGAUCUGAAUAAAUUUUCCUAUGCUGAUAAGAAAAGGGAGCAAGCGAGGCUACAAGAACUAGAAAAUUUACGAAAGAUUCAAGACAAGAAGAAACUGAAAUUUGACUUGAAGAAAAAAAAUAUGGCCUGGUCGAAUAAAGUAGCUACGAAGGAGUCGAAGUCUAUAAGAAGAGAAAAAAUGUCUCUCAAGAGAAAAUUAAUUGAAGAAGAGUUGGCUAACCAAAGCUCCAGUGACGAUGAUGACAAUAUAGUUACUCAGGACUGGAAGGAAGAAAUCAUGCAAAAUAAGAGAAAAAAGAAGGAUACCGGUAUACAGGGUAGUUUUGAUGAUUUAUGA